AUGGCUUGGAAUGGUGGUAACAUGCAUAAACUAAAGUCGUCGCAGAAGGAAAAAGUGAAGCAGUUCGUCGCUUUCACCCAGACAGGCGAAAAAACAGCAGUUUAUUGCCUUGCACAACAUGACUGGAAGCUGGAUGUCGCUUCCGAUAAUUAUUUUCAAAAUCCGGAUCUUUAUUUUCGAGAACCAAAACUUGCAGUAGAUAAGAAACGACUAGAACACCUGUACAAUAGAUAUAAGGACCCUCAGGAACCUGACAAAAUUACAGUUGAUGGUAUCAUGAGGCUUUUAGAUGAUCUCUGUCUUAAUCCUGAAAGUAGAUUGGUCUUAAUCAUGGCAUGGAAGUUCAAAGCAGCUACUCAGUGUGAAUUUACAAAAGAAGAAUUUACGAGUGGCAUGACAGAACUGGGGUGUGACUCAAUAGAGAAACUGAAGAGUAGACUUCCAACUUUAGAAACAGAACUGAAAGAUCAUCUUAAAUUCAAAGACUUCUAUAAUUUCACUUUUAAUUAUGCUAAAAAUCCAGGUCAGAAAGGUUUGGAUUUAGACAUGGCUCUAGCCUACUGGAAUAUUGUACUUUCUGGAAGGUUUAAGUUCCUUGAUCUCUGGUGUCACUUUUUACAAGAACACCACAAAAGAGCUAUUCCCAAAGACACAUGGAAUCUUUUACUUGACUUUAGUACUAUGAUUGAUGAUGAAAUGAGCAACUAUGAUGAAGAAGGGGCAUGGCCUGUACUUAUAGAUGAUUUUGUGGAAUGGGCUCAACCUCAGAUAGAAGCUAGAAAAUGUACACAAGUAUGAAGUGGAAGUUAGAAGCCAAGUAAUAGUAAGUCAUACCAGGAUAAAACUAAAUCAGUCAACAUUGUAUCCUGAUAUGAAAUAUUGGAGAAUACACCCAAUCAUCUUGUACAUAUUUCAUUAUGCAUAUUUGCAUAUUUUGUAGAAACAGUAAUGAACUGUUAGGUUUGUUUGUCAUAGCUGGAUUUUUAAUAUUAUAUUUUCUGGGUUUUUAGCCCCAUUUCUGUGUAUAUAUAAUAUUUACACAGCUUUUUAACUCUAAAUUUCACAAGAAAUAAAGUAAAAUUCAGGUUCUUUGCUACAAAAGCCAGAAGAUUAACCCUCUCUGGACCAGUGAGUAUCUUUCAGGUAUUGAGGGCAUACCUGUUAAUCAAAUUUCAAACUUCGAGUAAAAAUAAUAACUCUCACUCUGUUUCAACAAUUUUUUACUCAGAGAUAUUUUAGAAUUGAUAUUUUUUCAUUUUGUAACAUUUUGUAGUGAAAUUCAGAAAGACAAAUUUCUAACUUAAUUUCUGCAUAGUUUUGAGAAAAAAGCUUUGCUUGUAAACAAUAUGCUUGUCAAUUUUUUAGAAUGUUUCUGUUCGUCCCAAAACAUGGGUUUAUAUUGUUUACAGAAUUGCCAUCACUUGAGAAUACAAUUUUCAUGGGUUUGAUUCUCAUGCUAUUUUCCUUCUCUUUGAAAGAUUUUUUUUUUAUUAGGGCUGUCUGUUUUACCACUCUUUUAAGACCUUUCACUGUGUGAUCUGAACAAGUACUAUAAAUGUAGCUCUACUUUUAAAUAGCUAAAGGCAAGGUUUAAUUACCAUUGUAUAGAGUAGAUAAUAAACUAUUAAUUUUAGUGCAGAGUGAAUGAAAUGGUAUAAGAAGUAAUUUAUGGUUUUGUGGGAAAGUGACAUGACGUAAUACAGGCAGAGAAGUACAUUGGAAUCUUAUGGGAAGUUUAGAAGAAUUUGGAACAAACUAUAGUUCUGGAAAUAUUUACAGUUUCUUUAUAUGUUAAAAUAUAAUUAUUUGAAAGCACCUGAAUUUUUUUUCCGUGACAAAACAUCAGGUAAGCCUUAUUAGGUUUAGAGAGUACUGUGGAUGACAGCAAAAUAUUCCAGUGACUCAAAUAAUUUUUUUUAAAUAUUAUAGUUAAGUUUAUUAUA